AUGGGAAGCAACCUCAAUCAGCUUCUGUAUUUUCUGUGGUCAGAAACAAAUCUGAAAGCCACAGACAUAGGACUGGCGUUAUUGGGCUUCAUGCUUUUCCAUUUAUUUGUGCAGAGAAAAAGGAAAGGCCUGCCAAGGUGGCCUCUGUUGGGCAUGCUGCCGUCUCUACUUCUUCACCUAAAUGAAAUCCACGACUGGGGUACGAAAGUCUUAAUAGACAGCGGAGGAACAUUUUAUUUCAAGGGGUCAUUCAUGACUGGCCUGACCGCCGUAGUGACAGCGAACCCGCCCAAUCUGGAACAAGUCCUGAGGCUCAAAUUCAACAAUUAUCCAAAGGGACGCUAUUUCCGGUCCCGCGUACACGAUUUUCUAGGCGACGUCAUCUUCAACGCUGACGGCGAUUUGUGGAAAGCCCAGAGGAAAACUGCCAAUAUAGAAUUCAAUAGUCGGUCCUUCAGGGCGAAAAUGGCCAAGUCAGUGGCAGAGCUGGUGCAGAACCGGUUGAUGCCCCUUCUUGAAGAAACUGCUCGAUCGGGUAACCCAAUUGAUCUGCAGGAUGUGUUCCUGCGCUUCACCUUCGAUAACGUGUGCAUGAUUACCCUGGGAGUCAACCCGGGCGGUUUGGCGGGCGGAGGUGCAGAAGCCAGGGAAUUUGCCCGAGCGUUUGAGAACGCCACGGAGAUCACCAUGUUGAGGUUUUUGACGCCCCCUAUAGUCUGGAGGCUCAUGCGGUUUUUCCAGUUGGGACACGAGAGGAAACUCUACAGCUCUCUGGCUACCAUCAAUAGGUUUGUGGACAAGAUAAUUGGGUCUCGAACUGGGAACUCUGGGACUGACCUUCUGUCCGCCUUCAUGAAGGUCAAGACGGAGAGCGGUGACCGGCUUUACACGGACGAAAAGCUGCGAGAAAUCAUGGUUAAUUUCAUUUUGGCCGGACGGGACACCUCGUCUGUGGCGCUGUCAUGGUUCUUCUGGCUGCUGCUUAGCAACCCGCGGGUCGAAGAACAGAUCUUGGCGGAGAUUCGGUCCCUGAAGCCGAUGCAUUAUUUGCAUGCGGCGCUGUCGGAGUCCCUGCGACUUUUCCCUUCUGUUCCGUUCGACUUCAAGGAAGUGGAUUCCGACGACCGGCUUCCUGACGGGAGUUAUUUACGAAAGGGGUUCUGGCUGAUAUAUUCCAUCUACUCCAUGGGAAGAAUGGAGAGCAUAUGGGGGAAGGACUGCAUGGAGUUUAGGCCAGAGAGGUGGCUGGACACGGGCGGGAAGUUCGUUGCCGUGUCGGCUUAUAAGUACCCGGUGUUUAACGGUGGGCCGAGGAUCUGCCUGGGAAAGGACUUUGCUUACUACCAAAUGAAGUGGAUCGCAGCGACUACUAUUUGGGGAUUCAGGAUGAAGAUGGUUGCAGGACAUGUUGUGGAGCCCAAAUUGGGUCUCACUCUCUACAUGAAAAAUGGGUUGCUGGUUACGUUGAAGCCAAGGGAUCCCCUUGGACUGUAA